AUGUCGGAGAACUACGGCGAAUAUCAAACUGAAAUCUAUGGCCAGGGUGCCUUGAUGGGCACUCGGCCCACCGUCACGACAGACCCCCGGCUGCUGGAGGAGCAAGCCAAGAAAGCAUUGGGAGCCCGUUCCUACAACUAUGUCGCCGGGGGAGCUGGAGAGAAGGCGACAAUGGAUAGCAACCGGCUGGCAUUCCGCCAGUGGAAGCUAAUCCCCAGAAUGCUUAAACGGAUUGACAAUCAGAAUCUCUCGGUCAAUCUCUUCGGUCAGGAGUACCCAACUCCGCUCCUCAUGGCUCCGGUCGGUGUCCAGAGCCUAUUCCACGAGGACAAGGAGACCGGCCUCGCAGAGGCAUGUGCGGACGUCGGCAUUCCAUACAUUCUCAGCACUGCGAGCAGCAGCACCAUCGAGCAGGUCGCCGAGGCCAACGGCGACGGAAAACGCUGGUACCAACUGUACUGGCCUCAGUCCAAUGACGUCACCGCGUCUCUGCUGAAGCGUGCAAAGGAGAACGGGUACUCGGUGCUGGUCGUCACUCUGGACACUUGGUCCCUAGCUUGGCGGCCCGCCGAUCUGGACAAUGCCUACGUUCCGUUCAUCAAAGGAGUUGGGAACCAGAUUGGCUUUUCGGAUCCCGUCUUCCGCGCCAAGUUUGAGAAAGAGGCUGGGUGCAAAGUUGAAGAGGAUAUUGUCGCGGCGUCGAGAGCCUGGAUCUCAGAUGCGUUCCCCGGUCGAUCGCACUCGUGGGAGGAACUGGCGUUCCUCAGGAAGAACUGGGAUGGGCCGAUUGUCUUGAAGGGCAUCCAGCAUGUCGAAGAUGCUAAGCUCGCCCUGAAAGCGGGAUGUGACGGUAUUGUUGUUUCUAACCAUGGCGGGCGCCAAGUGGACGGUGCUAUCGGCUCCCUGGAGGUCCUCCCGGAGAUCGUGGAGGCGGUUGGCGACAAGAUGACCGUCCUGUUUGAUUCGGGCAUUCGCACCGGUGCCGAUGUCAUCAAGGCUCUGUGCCUAGGCGCGAAGGCGGUCCUCGUCGGCCGGCCGGUGGUCUAUGGUUUGGCCAUCGACGGGAAGAACGGUGCCAAGGCUGUCAUGAAGGGCCUCCUAGCAGACAUAUGGCAGAGUAUGGGACUGUCUGGAAUUGAUGGAAUCGCCGAAUGCACGCGGGACAGAAUCCGGAAAGUUCAAUAUGGCGGAGAUAUCAAGGCGAUGAUGUGA